UAUGUCCUGAAGUGACAACAUAAAAUACAGUGUAAAAAAAUUUUUAAUUAAUUAAAACCGUUAAAAUUACGGCGGCAUUAUGAUUAUAUUUUAAAUCGUGACAUAGAUGUUUGCGGAAGUAAUAUCUGGGUAACUGGAGGCGCUUGUAGGCAGGUCUGGAGCGGUGUUCUCUGUUAGAUAGAAUAAAUAUAUCCCUUUGUGGGAGACUACGAGCUUUGUAACUUUGCAGAUCUUACACACGCACAAACAGAUACGAUACACCCUGAAGGACACGGGAAAGAUUCAGAAGCAUCAUAUUAACUCUUUAAGGUUCUGUUGUUGCACAUGAAUAGACAAGUAUCACUGAAACCCUUAUGACACAUGCGUGCAUGGAGUCACAUGACACAUGAGCUUCUCUAAUAUACUGAUUAUUAAUGAUCCACGAUGCAGCUCAUGUGAUAUGGCCUUUGGCUCCUUCUUGCAUUCUGAAGAAAACACUUAUCCAGUUGGUAGGCGGUGGUGACAUUUGGCGUAGUCUUUAUUCAGUUAUGGUUCUUAAUUUCGCAAAUCAUUAGAGUGAAGACUCUAACAUUGAAUGAUAGUGUAAGACUAGGUACUGCAGAGACAGAAACAGAAGGAGAGAAUACACACUUUUGAAAUGAUGCUAGAAUUAUAAUGAGCUAACUGAGCAGUUUCAUUAGAUACCCAGUAAAUGCACCUGUUUCACCCAAAUACUGCUGAACUUGCAGUGAAGCAAUCUAAUGAAACCAUGAACAACCGGCGCUCUAUAAUGGCUGACCUUGCCCCAUUCACAUUAGCCUUAUUAAUGCUAUGAUUCAUUUUUCCAUGUUAACUUAACUGUCCAAUCUUGUGUCAUAGUUAGUGUGAGCACAGUGUAUAUCAGGGGCAGGUGCUCGAAGUUUAAAAGGGAUACAUGGAUUUUAAAAGACACGAUUUUUAAAACACCAACGACAGCAAAUGGUAUGUUUUACUAUAACCACAUUAAAAAAGUAUGUGGACAGCUGACCAUCACACUUACAUCAGGUUCUUCCCCAGACCGUUGCUACAAAUUUAGAAGCACACGAUUGUCUAGAAUAUCUGUGUAUGUAGUAACGUUAAGAUUUCCAUUCACUGGCGCUAAGGGGCAAACCCAAAACUGUUCCAGCGAGACAAUGCUCCUGUGCAAAAAAGCGAGGUCCAUGAAGACAUGGUUUGCCAAGGCUGGUGUAGAAGAACUCAAAUGACCUGCACAGAGCCCUGACCUCAACCCCACUGAACACCAACAACACUCCAGGCCUUCUCCCAAAAUCUUGUAAGAAGCCUUCGCUGAAGAGCGGAGGCUGUUAUUGCAGCAAAGCGGGGACCAACUCCAUAUUAAUGCCCAUGGUUUUAGAAAGGGAUACACGGGAAAGACAUACGAGUGUGAUGGUCAGGUGUCCACAUACUUUUGGCCGUAUAGUGUUGUAUGGUUUGAUAGGCGUUUAUCAAAAAACAAUACACUAGGCAUAAGGCAGGAUUACACCAGGGAUACACACACACACACACACACACACACACACACACACAAUCCAAUCUACCAACGCAUGUUUUGGGAGGUGGAAGAGAACCAGAGAACCUGGAGCAACCCAAACACACUCAGGGAGAACAUACGGAGAAACUCUUCACACACAGCAAGGGCUUAGGAUCGAACUUGUGAUGCACCACCAUGUCGCCGUAAUAUAUUUUUUACUAUCUUUCACAAUGAAAAAUAACGUGCAGUUUAAAUUUCACCGUAAACCUUCGGUUGCAGAAUGAUUCUACCGAAGCGAGCUAAUAUACUACAUGAACAAACAGCAUGAAAUGAAAUGUUUAUUUACUACACACACAUUCAAUACGCAGUACCAAACUAGUAAUCGAUUGAAGAUGGGAUCUAUUUGGCAGCAAAUUCACAGUCAGUGAUAUGAACCCGAUUAAGACGACACUCUGAUUAAGAAACUAGCAUGUAAACAGAGAUUAUUGAUGAGCGUAAUCCGACUAAAGUCAUCCUCGAAGUAAACACAGAUCGUAUUAAGACGUGUGGAGUAUUCCUGUUUUAGUCGCGUUACAGACAUGUACACACCUUAAUCACACUAUUAACGUCGUGUGGGAGUUUUCACCGCAUUGUGCGACAGGACACGAUCACACACGGCAGCGCUCAACCGUUUAACGGUAAACAAGAGAGCACGGCUGCGUCCCAAACCGCGUAUUUACCUGCUAUAUAGUAGGAGAAAUACAUGUAUCUCUAUAUACUAUAUAGUAGGCAAGUACGCGGUUUGGGACGCAGCCCACGGCUUCAAGCAGUCGUCUAUUAGCACGUACAGCACGACAAAUAAUUAACCGCACUUGAAGCUUUCGUAAAAUUAAAAAUGAAACACCCAAAACUGUAUACGGUCCCAUAACGAAGACCAACUGUAUGUCAAUACGUGAAAUUCUGGAGGGACGUCGGACGGCGUGGCGUGGUGACGUAAUGACAUGUGACGUUAAUCGAUCUAUGUUCUAUAACACGUAAAACAGGAACAUGAAAGGAAUAUUCUAAAAGUGACUCAUGUAAACACCUUAAUCACAAUAUUAUCUUAUUCAGAAUGAGGUCAAGAAUUAGACCACUGCUGUCCAUGUAAACAUAGUCAAUGAGUCAUGCGAGUGUCAGGAGCGGCAUGCAGUCUCUGUCCAGUCAAUUCACACCUCACAGGGUUCACAUGAACUACAGGCACGGCCGCUCGUUUUAUUUUUAGAAGUCUAAUGGCCAAAUGUACAACUGUGUCGAUGAAACCUGGGGAACGAGGACAGCCCAGAGUUGGCCAGCUGUGAUUACAACACCGCUCAAUAAAAACGUGACAUGGGACAGUGGAACUGUGAUAAAACAGUGUGAUGUCUGAGGCGUUGUCACAGCAGGAGAGGCUCCAGGCUAUAGCAGAGAAGAGAAAGAGACAAACAGAGAUAGAAAACAAAAAAAGGCAACUGGAGGAUGACCGCAGACAGCUGCAGCACCUCAAGUCAAAGGCACUGAGGGAGAGAUGGCUGCUAGAUGGAGCGCCCUCUGCUGGCUCGGAGGAAGACGAAGCAAAGAAACAGCUUCAAGAAGAUGAAGCCAAAACUAAAGGACUUGAGGAGGCUAUUCUGAGCCUGGAACAGGAACUGGAGGAGUUGGAGACAGGUGUGUCCGCAACGUCCACCAAAGAAAACCUGUCCGAUGCAGCCCAGCAAGAGGAAAGCAAGACUGUAGACAACAUGGUCAUGGGAGACUCCAUUAAAGUGGUGCACGAGGUGCGUGGGACAGACGGCCCACUGACCAACGGCAUUCACCAGCUCAGCUCGUCCGAAGUGGAGGAACUCAUCCUCAAGGCCGACGAGGUCUCCGUAAGCGACGGCGGCAAAGCCACACCCCAAAGGGUGGUGGAGGAAGCCGCGAAGCUUGAAGCGGGAACGGAACAAGUUGGGGUUACUCCGGUCAAAGAGAUCACUGGCGUCGAAGCCAAACCAUCGCCGGCCGCGCCCCAGACCGACGUAAACGACGCCAGCGCGGAGAAGCCGGUCACUAUGGUGUUCAUGGGCUACCAGGACGUGGAGGACGAGGACGAGACGAAGAAGGUACUCGGCCUCGAAAGCACUACCGUCAAGGCCGAGCUGGUAGUCAUCGAGGAUGGAGAAAACAAGAACGGCGCCAAGGAGGACCAGGCGCCACCCAACGGAGGCCCGGCUGAGCCAGCAAAAGCCCAGGAAGAGAAAGGCGAAGAGGGCGACCCUGAGGCCGGCGCCGCUGAAAUGAAAAGCAAAGAAAAGCAGCCUUGCAAAUGCUGUACCAUCAUGUGAAAGACUCCUUCAUGGGGGAACUUGGAACUUUGGUUUCUCAGAUUGGUGCAUCGCAUCACCUCACAGACAAAAUAACACCAACAAAACCGAGAGGGGAGAAAACAUCUCGUAUCUUUUGAUAGAAAGCUCUUCUUUUCUUACUUCAUUUGUACCAGUUUUCUAUUUUACUUUAUUGUUUUUUCCCCCCAUUUUCUGUUGUUCCUGUCAUAUUCUUUAGCCUCCUCUGGAUUCGGUUUAGUCGCGACUAAGACAAAAGCUGUUACGCGAGUGGCGCCUGAUACUUUCAGCAAGAGAGGUUUGCAGAUGAAGCAUCAUUAGCUCAGCCGACCCGUGUUUGUUUUUGACUCUUUCACCUUGGCGUAAGAAAGACUCAGAUAUCACUGUAACUAUAUGAUAUACAGUAUAUGAAUCAUUUAGGGUUAAUAUAUAUUUAUUUCACGUUCCUUUAUCAAGCGCCCUAACAUUUGAUUGUUAUUCUUAUUUUUAUUAUCAUUUUUUUUUUGCAGAAGCAUGGUGUGUGAAGUGUUCUCUGGUCCUGUUAUUGCAUUUUAUCUUCCUCCAAAAAAUGGGUGAGAGGGACUGCCGGGGUAGUUCGGAGGCUGAUCGUCUCAAAAUUGUGCAUAAUUCUGCAUCUAUGACUCAUUGAGCUGUGAGUGUUUUCCUUAUACUAGAGGACGAGGACGUGUAAUGGGAUUUGAGUAGUGGAGAUGCUUAGCGGUCUGACUUCAACCUUAAUAUGGCAAAUCUGUGUGUGUGUGUGGGUGUGUGUGUGUGUGUGUGUGUGUGGGUAUUAUUUGCGGUUAUGUGUGUCUGUUAUUUGAACACUCAACCACUUCUGUCUUAUGUCCGGCAUUGCCAUAAAAGUCACACAUUCAGUGGCACUGCAGACCCUCACAUUUACUAAUACUACAUGUUUUAAUGCCCCCAACACCCCGCCCCCCUCCCCUUCCCCCUCCCCGGUCCACUGCAUUCCUUUUCAAAAAAAAAAACAAACUUAAAUCUGCUUAGCCUCUUUGGUUUGGAUGGGUGAUAAAGGCACUGCCUUCUUUUCUUCUUCAUUUUUUUUUUUCUUCUUCCAGUUUUAAUUAAACCAAGUCAGUAGCUGCCUACGCAGCGAACCGGCUUCGCCGCCAGUCCAAAGUGGCAUCCUGAACAUGCCGAUGUACACUGCCUUUAAUCUCCUCUCAGGCAGAACCCAUCCACUCGUUCGAAUAAACGAUUCAUUCGCAGGAGCCGAACCUAUGCAAGAACACUCAUGCACGCAAGUCAGCGUCAGCAAAGUCAUUACGUUCAGUAAAGAAAGAAGAGUGUUGUGGUGUUAGUGUCCAUGCGUUCAAGUCACCCUUCUCCGAUCGGUCGCCUCACUGAUGCCGAAUAUAGUACGAUAUCAAAUCUUAUAGAUAAUAUCUCGUGAUCCUGUGUCAGAAAAGCCACUUUAGAAACAAGAAGUUGGUGAUUUCUUUCUUUUUUUUUUUUUUUUUUUUUUUUAAAUAAGAAGAAGAAGAAUAAUAAGAAGAAGUGGUGCCGUGACCCUUUAAAUCGGCUAGCUAUUUAUGUCAAAUUCCUCAUCGGAUGGCGUGGUUCGUUCUCUGAGAACUGAUUAAAGAUUCUUGCGGUGCUAAUCGAUCCAAACGGUCACGCGGCAACGUUAUUUGUUUUGUGAAAACAGCAAGGCUAGCCCCCGUAGCAUUAGCUACAAGUGCCGUCAGCAUCGCAGCGCAUCAGCUUUUGCACCAGAGCACGGUAUUUUUUUUUUAAACGUAUGUCAUUUUUAUCGCUAAUAUUUUUUUGCGUCGUUAUAUUCAUUCAUUAUCUGUAAACAUAAUAGUGAAGUACAUUAUCAGAUAACCUAGUAAUACGUAGGAGUAUGAAGCUGCGCUGCGCUUUUUUCACUGCCGCUACCGCAGUAGUUGGGAGGUAACCGGUGGGUGGCUUGGUAGUGCGCAAGUGCAUUGGUAUGUAUCUGUGCGAGCGUGUGUGUGUGUGUGUGUGUGUGUGUGUGUGUGUUCUCCUUUCAAUAUAAUAGCAUUGCCAGUAUUUCACUUCUUCUGGGAAGAUUUCCAUUGGGUGCCUUGUGGCUACAAACGUUUGCUCAUUUAGAAAGCCUCAUUGUGGUUCAUGUAAAGUGUGGUAGUUAAUACGGGACCCCUAUGUGUCAUUGAUUUGAUUUUCCGAUUAAAAGGACCAUAUUUAUAGUAUUUCCUUUUGGCGCGAGGUUGUAAGAUUGUUAGUCGAUGUCCCUUGUGUGGUUAUACCAAACCAUAAGACAAUAUCCUGAUCUGAUCCCUACCUUUAACCUUUAACCCUAACCUACAGGUAAUCUCUCCCAUCACCCUGACUCACACAUAGCACUCUCAGCACCAUCACUUACCUCAGACUUGCUCAGCAGCGCACCCUACUGUCUGUCAGUACUAACAUUCCAGUUCAGACGUUUUCCACGGGCCCAGAAUGCCUUGUUGGCCUGCCCCUCUCCGGGCUGUUUUCUCUUUGUACACGUGCAUGCUUUUUAUAGAUAUAUUGAUCAUUAUAUCUUCAUAUCCAUAUCCAUCCGUCGGUAAUGUCUCCCUCUUCCUGUAGUUGAAGCCCUAUAUCAUCCAUAAUGUCCGUGAGAUUGAUGUAUUGAUCAUAGCGUCUAGGAGCAUGAGGAUUGAAAGCGUGAUAGUGUAGAUGAGGUCACUUCCUGCGUUGGAGCAAAGCUCUCAUCUACUUUAAUGCUCCAUUUUCUUCCUCGAAGGACAGACCCAUCUUAGGUUUUCUUUUUUCUUUUUUUUUUUCUUCGGUGUGUGUGCUCCCACUGCCACGACUCUGUGCGCUUUCUCAGCUGUCAAGGUCUGCUUUCUUACCGACUUGAAAGUGCUGUAGAACGAAUUUUAAACGAGAUAUUAAAAAUGUGACGUGCUUUAAGGA